CGAGGAUUCAUCCCUAGAGCAACGCGCAGCAGUAGCGGUCGACGUGAAUGGGCGGCCAGAGUGCAAGAUGGCGGAUUGCGAGUCGGAGGUGCACCGCUUGGCAGCGACGAACCAGGACGGCAGUGCGAGGAACAACGCGACGACCGUGACAAUGGUGAACAACAACGCCGCCCGGGUGCCGCAGCAUCCGCCGGCCACUGCCGGCCAGGACCGCCAGGACCCGGUCGGCCAGGGUCCGCGGUGCGUAACCAUCUACAAGACCGAGACGGGCUUCGGGUUCAACGUACGCGGCCAGGUCAGCGAGGGUGGACAGCUGCGGAGCAUCAACGGCGAGCUCUACGCGCCUCUGCAGCACGUCAGCGCGGUGCUGCCGAGAGGCGCCGCCGAGAAGGCCGGCGUCCGCAAGGGCGACCGUAUCCUGGAAGUGAAUAAUGUCAACGUCGAGGGGGCCACUCACAAGCAGGUGGUGGAUCUGAUCAAAUCCGGCGGCGAUGUUCUCACCUUGACCGUCAUCUCCGUGACGCCCCAGGAAGCGGAGAGACUGGAGCCCUGCGAGGAUUUGAGCUAUGCGUCGGUGGAUUACAGCGAGAAGCGAUCCCUGCCGAUCAGCGUGCCCGAUUAUCACGUGCGUGAGAGAAAACAUGAGCGUUACGUAGUCUUCAACGUCCAUAUGGCCGGCAGGCAUUUGUGCUCGCGCCGAUAUCGGGAAUUUGCAGCGUUGCACAUGGCUCUGAAGAAGGAGUUCAUAGGCUUCAAUUUCCCGAAGCUGCCGGGAAAAUGGCCAUUCCAGUUGAGCGAGCAACAACUCGACGCGAGGAGACGCGGUCUCGAACAGUAUUUGGAGAAAGUCUGCGCGGUGCGAGUGAUAGCGGAAAGUGACGCGAUGCAGGAGUUCCUGACCGAUCGAUUGGAAGAGGACGGGGAUCAAGGACCGGCGGUUGAUCUCAAGGUUUUGCUCCCGGAUCGCGAAGUCGUCACCGUGACCGUCCCGAAAGCGGCGUCGGUGAAGGAUGUCUACGAUGCAGUUUGCUCUCGGGUCGGUUUAGACGCGGAGACGGCCAAGUACUUUUACCUGUUCGAGAUCGUCGAAUACAAUUUUGAGCGGAAGCUGCAACCUCACGAACACCCGCAUACUUUAUACAUUCAGAAUUACUCAACCGCGAGCGCGACAUGUCUAGCGAUAAGGAGGUGGCUCUUCAAUGUAAAUAGGUCUCUGAGCGAACAAGCGUUGACUUGGAUUUUCUGGCAGACGAUCGACGAGGUGAACAGAGGUCACAUCACCGCGGGCGAACGAUUGUAUCAGUUAAAGGCUCUGCAAGACGCGUCCAGAAAGCACGAGUACCUAAAACUGGCCAGGGAACUAAACGGUUACGGCGACAUCGUGUUCCCGCAUUGCGCGUGCGACUCGAGGAAGGAAGGUCACGUGAUACCUGCGGUAGGAACGGCCUCCUUCAAGCUGCACGCUGCGAAGGAGGACGGUACUCUGGAGUCGCAGGUGGUAGAAUUUCAAUGGAGCACCAUAGCCCGAUGGGAGGUGGACGAGGACGGAAUGGCGUUCUGCUUCCAGUACACGCGCCAGGACAAUCGUCCGCCGCGCUGGCUGAAGGUCUUCACACCUUACUAUACGUUCCUCUCGGAUUGCUUCGAUCGAAUAGCCGAGGAAGCGAAAUGGGAUGACCCAGGGGAAUGACGUAAUGCUCGACGAUAAGAAGCAUCUGAUUGCUGAACGGUGUUUUUCCAGCAUUCGUAUCUCUUCGAAAUAGUUGGACAUUUUUUACGUAGGGAAUUAAUCUUAUAGACCGAUCACUCGAGUGCGACUGUACUUUUAGCAUAUCAGAUUUUUCCAUCUGCUGUUGUUAGUCUCACUGUUACGUUCAGAACAUUACUACCACUACGAUGCUGCACCGGAAAAGAGAGAAAAAGAGAAAGAGAGAGAGAGCGUUUGGUUUACAUCGGAAAAAUGCGUGUAAAUGUAAAUAUCCAUCCUGGUGACACCGAUACCUCUGUACACCGGAAUUACGAACAUUCGAUAUAUACUGAGACAUUCGCAAAUAGGAAUUAGAUCUGUUUGAGAACAGAAUGUGAUGAAUAAGUUUACGCCAUGCUCCUCCGUGUACCUUCGGGGUCUAACUUUCUCUCGACACACGUGGGAGAAUAAUAAAAUAAUAAAAUCUGAUUUUUACAAAUAA